AUGUUCUACAGCCAUGAAAUUCUCACCUCGCCGGAGCAUGGUGUCGCGACAAUAUGGCUAGUCGCAACUCUGGGCUCCCGGUCCAUUGCCAGAAGACUGAACCGAAAAGCCAUCCAGGACGUUGAUGUCCCCAAUGCAUGCCGAGUUAUCAUCAAUCCCGAUGCACCCAUGGCCCUUCGACUGCAGGGGAGCUUGCUGUACGGUGUCUCUCGAGUGUACAAUCAACAGUGUGGGUACACGCUUCUCGACACACAGGCGAUGCAUGACAAGAUGGUCUCCAAGUUGAAGAUCAUCCCGGGGAGUGGACUUGAUCCCGCUGCCGGACAGACCAGGCCCAGCAAUCUAAUCCUACCAUACGACCCAUCUUUCCUGCCCGAGACAGCUCUCCCGGGACUUGAGAUCGACUUGUCCUACUUCACUGCCACUUCGGAUGAUGACUUGAGCCAACUCAGUGGUCUCUGGACCAAGUCGCCCAAUAAUAGCUUGUCUGGCACUUCACAACUUUCAAGCCUGCACCUUGAUCUCCCAUCGGAUGAUAUCCUGGGAGACGGUACUAUCCUAGGGAUUGAUGAGAUCAAUAGGUCUGCGCAGAAACAAGAUGCUUUCGCCAACAUGACCGGGCUAGGAUUAGGCAAUGAAGAGGGCGUACUUCUUCAACCUGACUUUGAAUUUGACGAGGAUGGCAAUAUCAUCGAGCUCGGUGCCAGAGAGAAGUCCCCUCACCCUCAUGCAAGGAAGUCUAGCGUUGGUCCGAGGGAAAGCGAAGGACCGGUAAACGACCAACAACGCCAGCUCAAUGAAGACUCGAUGCAGAUUGACAACGAAGAAGUUAGAGUAGCCGAGACCGACAACAUGGCGGAGCUCAAUACCCAGACCGCAGGCCUCGCCAUUCUCCAGACAAAUGAAGGCCGGGAGGGGGUUGAAGAAACAAUUGAAAUCGAGGCAACCGGGACCCGGCGGGUCAGGCGUCCAAAGGAAAUUAUCUCCGACGAUACCACGGCGCUUCGAAACAUGACGCUGGCCCAAUGGAACAAUGAAUACGUUGCGAACAUGACCCAAGCACUGAAGCAAAAGCAGCAAAAUAAGAUUCCAACCAUUUCCAAGAAGAACGCUGCUUUCUGGGUUUUCGGUCAGGGAAUCGGCUCGGUUGGGGUUGGACUGGGAAUGGACCAUGAACCGCAUCCGCUCAACCUAUACUCGGGCGAUGAUCUACUUGAAGCUGUCGGUGGAUAUACUCAGAGAAAAAGGCGAAAGCGCAGUGCAGAUGACGAUGACGGUGAGAUUUCAGAAGGACGUCGAGUACGCGCGAGAAACGAACAAACAGAUCAUCUCAGCCGUGAGAACAUCGACCGCCUCAACAUGGAAGUUGAAGUCGGCCGUGAUGCCCCUUCGAGUCUGAUUGAUGACCACUCGUCGCAAAUGCCAUGGAACAUCACCGCUUCUAUUCAAAGCUCUCGGCAAAGACAUCGAUUCGGCAGUGUCAGCGAGCUUUCUUCUCAAGGACGCAAGGCCCGCAGUCGUCUUACCAGCGCCAGUCCACUCGCCGGGCGCAGCUAUCUGGGGGGACAAGACCGACCUAGCGUCGAGCUCCUGGGCGAUUUCGCAGACGACCUAGAUCUUACCCGUUAUCUUGAAGGCGAGCUUGCGACAGACCGCGAGAAUAUCAGCUCACUCUCGCCAAGCAAGCGCUCUGCUCUCGAACGUGCCAAGUUAACUCUUGAUCGGGAAAGCUUGAAUUUCAUAGAGUUCAUGAAGACCAAGAUGGGUACUGCUAACGAUGACAACGCAAGAAACACACGAAGCCCGAACAGCAACAUGUUCAACAUGUCCAGCCCGGUCGUGGCCAGUCACGGUCAGACCACAUUCGGGAGCCUUCUUCCUCCUGAGAGUACGACGCGAGCUGUCGCGACCCAGGCUUUGAUGAAUGUUCUCACUCUCGCUACGAAAGGUGUACUGCAUGUCCACCAAAACGCAUACAUUGACGAGAGCACGGAGUGGGCAGUCCGCUAUCGCUAUGGUGAGAUUUCCCUGCGACUAGCCGGUAUCUGA